ACCCUUUUAAGGCCGAAGAAGACUUGAUAUGCAUAGAGAAGCUUGGAGACUUACCCUUCAACUGGGAAGGAGUAAGUUAUGGGUUCUUUAAUAAGGGUGAAUCACCCUCCAAAGCCUUUUGCGUGAAAAGCUCUUUAAGUAGCUUCUUGUCGAUCUUAGGUUCCAUUCCUACACCAAAGUAG